AUGGCCAAGCUGUACUUCCUUGGAGCUGGUUCCAUUGGUGGGUUGGUAGCCACACAAAUCAGUAAUGUGACGAAACUGGACAUUGUACUCCUGCUACGUAAUGAGAGACGACUGAACAAAUAUUUAAACAAUAACAGCAAAUUUACCUAUGAAAACUUGACCAAUUUGAGGAACCCUACCAAAGAAGAGUACCAUUUGAGGGCUAUAAGUCACAUCCCCAAAGAUCAUGGAGGACUCCCAGAACAUAUUGACAACUUAAUAAUAACAACGAAAUGUCACCAAACGGUUGAGGCUCUGGAACCGUACAUCAGUUGUAUAAGUGAAAAGACCAAUAUCCUUUUGAUUCAGAAUGGGUUUGGAGUUGAGUCAAAACUGAAGAAGAUUUGGCCUCAGAAUAAAGUUCCCAACAUGUUUCAAGGUGUCAUAAGUCAUGGCGUUUUCAAGGAUCGUUUCUGGAAUGUAAAACAUGUUGGAAAUGGAGAUUUAAAGAUUGGUCGAUUAGCCAAUGAAGACACAGAAGUUCCUCAAUUUAUACAAGACUUAUUGGUGAGCCCAGUUUUGAAUGCUGAACUACUUUCCUUCAAAGACCUUUUGAAAAUAAGAUUAGAAAAACUGAUAGUUAAUUGUUGCAUAAACCCCUUAACUGCCAUAUAUGACUGUCUUAACGGGGAGUUACUCCAACUUUCCCACAGACAAUUUCAUAGAGUGAUCAAUGAGUCUGUCAGGUGUUUGACAGCAGAUAAGGAGUUGAACAAGAUAUUUGUCAAUGAUGCAGCGUUUGCACAGCUGAUGGACAGAGAAAGAUUACUGAAAACAGUCCUCAAGGUUUGUGAAUUAACGAAGAGGAACUCCUCUUCUAUGAGGGAAGAUGUUAGACAAGUCCACCAAACCGAAGUGGAUUUCUUGAACGGAUACAUCAGUGAUGUAGGUAAGAAAAACAAGGUAUUCACGCCACACAACGACAUACUAUCAGAGAUGGUUAAAAAUAGGGUGUUGUUAAACUAUAAAAGGGAAGAAUCAGGGGCAAGGUUGGUGCAAUAA